UCUAGGCAAAUAUUGUGUGCAUUCAGGAGGGGCAAAGUUUGCGCGUGUCAAAGCCAGCGAUCUCCUCGUUGCGCCACAAUUCCCUCUUCGAUUCAUCCGCGCGAGGCGGCAAGCAUGAGCCCUACCUUGACGGCGCCGAUCCCGGAAUUGCUCGAUCCCAAGGCCGAUGGAGCGGCCGGCGAUGGAGCGAUCCAAGUCCAGGAGCAAUCGGCGGGGUCCGGGGAGCACGCCAAGAGCGCAUCGAAGAAGAUUGUGGCGGAGAGCUGCCUGUCCAUCAUAAUUUUGGGGGCUUCUGGGGAUCUCGCGAAGAAGAAGACGUUCCCAGCGCUCUUCCAUCUCUAUUGCCAGGGGUUUUUACCAUCGCACCAAGUUAAACUGUUUGGCUAUGCCAGAUCGAAGCUCAUCGAAGAAGACUUCCAUCGCCGAAUUGGAGGACAUUUGGCGGACUCUGGAAAGUAUCCUGCUGAUCUUGUAACCAAGUUUCUCGAGCUGAGCACGUAUAUCUCUGGCGCUUACGACGACGACGACAGCUUCAGAAAACUUGACAAGAUUAUUUCCGAUUAUGAAGCCGGGAAGGAUGAGCCGCCUCGCCGACUUUUCUAUCUUGCGCUGCCUCCAUCGGUCUAUCCCCUCGUGGCGGGCAUGAUACACAAAAACUGCAUGAACAAAAGGGGCUGGACUAGAAUUGUCAUCGAGAAGCCUUUUGGCAAGGAUCUAAAGAGCUCUGAAGAGUUGAGUGAUCAGCUUGGGAGUUUGUUCUCGGAGGAGCAGCUGUACCGGAUUGACCAUUAUCUGGGAAAGGAGAUCGUCCAAAAUUUGCUUGUGAUGCGGUUUGCAAAUCGCUUUUUUGUUCCACUUUGGAAUCGUGAUAAUGUUGCAAACGUCCAGAUUGUGUUCAAGGAGAAUUUUGGAACUGAUGGUCGCGGUGGCUACUUUGACGAAUAUGGCAUCAUUCGGGAUAUCAUUCAAAAUCAUCUUAUGCAGGUUCUUUGUCUGGUUGCAAUGGAAAAACCAUUAUCCUUGAGCCCUGAACAUGUUCGCGACGAGAAAGUGAAGGUUCUGCAAGCCAUUCAACCAAUACAAGACAGCGAGGUUGUUAUUGGACAAUACGAAGGCUAUAGAGACGAUCCCACGGUUUCCGAUGAGUCAUUGACACCCACAUUCGCCUCGGUGGUGCUGCGAAUCCACAAUGAGCGUUGGGAUGGUGUUCCUUUCAUCCUAAAAGCUGGAAAAGCCUUGGAUACUCGUAAGGCAGAGAUUCGUGUCCAAUUCAAAGACGUCCCGGGGGAUAUUUUCAAAUGCAAAAAACAGGGACGAAACGAGUUUGUCAUGCGAUUGCAACCUUCAGAAGCCAUGUAUAUGAAGCUGACGGUGAAGCAGCCAGGUCUGGAGAUGUCCGCAACGCAAAGUGAGCUAGACCUCUCUUACCGCCAACGCUACCAGGACGUGGUUAUUCCCGAAGCCUAUGAGCGCUUGAUUUUGGACACGAUCCGCGGAGAUCAGCAACACUUUGUUCGGAGGGACGAACUACAGCUUUCGUGGGAGGUAUUCACGCCAUUGCUGGAGAGAAUAGAAGCUGGAAAAAUCCCGGUAAUUCCGUACAAGCAGGGAAGCAGGGGACCGCCCGAGGCCGACAAGCUCGCGGAAGAGCAAGGCUACGUGAGAACUCAUGGCUACAUUUGGAUUCCACCGUCACUCAAGGAUUAAGACCUUUCCAUCGAUAAAAGUAAACUAUUGCUCGAUCAAAACCAAGUUCUUCCUUGAAGCUACGCUCGUGAGAAUGACUGAUCGUUCGCGUGAGAAUGACUGAUCUUCUCCUUGUUAGCUUCAGGUCCUCGAAUAAACUAAAAAAUUUGAAAAUCAAAAGCUUUUCAUGGCC